AUGAAGAGCUUAGGAGCCGAAUCGAUAAGUUGGAGACACAAUGGCAGAGCAGUGGUGAUAUCUUAUCGCCAACAUCAAAUCUUAAGAGGAAAGGAAGACGGACAUUUCAAGAACAAGAAAAAGGGGGCCCCGUCAAUAGCCGUAGCAGGGUGCAGAAAAAUUCGUUCAAAUGAUAUCAGAUGGUAUACAGAGUGUCAUAAAGAUCAUUCCAUAAUUGAAAUUUCAACCAGACCCUGCCUAAAUUCAUCUAAUUAUGGCGCAAAUCGUGCUAAUCGGGAAGACGGUAUUAUUAUGGAAAAUUAA